AUGUCCUCCCAUCCCCCUGCAGCCUGUUGCUAUCAAGGCGUUAAGCAUGACGGCAAGACUACCGGAAGCUUUUCGACGCUAAAUGGCGUUGAAAUUUACAUCAGCUACCCAGCCAACAAGUCCGUGGACUAUGCUGUGCUAUUCCUCACUGAUAUUAUUGGCUACCGGUUCACCAACGCACAACUGCUUGCUGACCAGUUCGCUGCUAAUGGCUACUUCGUCAUGAUGCCUGAUCUGUUCUGUGGUGAUCCUGUCCCGCUGAACCGGCCAGAUGGCUUCAAUAUGCAAGAAUGGAAGAAGGGCCACGGGCCUUUAGCCAUUGACCCCAUUGUUGACGUUUGCUUGGCUGGAUUGCGGAACAAGUACGGCUGCAAGAAAAUUGGAGCUGUGGGCUACUGCUUUGGCGCAAAAUACGUCGUUCGUCAUCUCCACCCAGACAAGGGUGAAAUUGAUGUUGGCUAUCUCGCCCAUCCGUCAUUUGUCACUCCCGACGAGUUGAAAUCAAUCAAGGGCCCGCUGGCCAUCUCUGCUGCCGAGAAUGAUCACAUAUUCCCAGCAGAGAAACGCCAUGAGUCGGAGGACAUCUUAAAGACGUUGGGUAUACCCUACCAGAUCAAUUAUUACGGCGGUGUUGAACAUGGCUUUGCUGUCAGGGGCAGUCUGAACAGGCGCUCUGUGCAGUUUGCCAAGGAGAGUGCCUUCAUGCAGGCCGUUCAAUGGUUCAAGGAGCACUUUGGAAACUAG